AUGCGGCUGGGAGAGUUCGUCGUCACCAUUGGGGUUCUAGCAGUUACCCUAGGAACAAAAGAUUUGCCAAUACUUGCGCGGGGACUCGGCAGAUUAACAGGCCGCGCACUAGGUUUCAUCAGCGAACUUCGCGCAGACGCUGAAAUACUCACACGCUCGGCUAAUGUAGACGCGAUGCAUAACGAGAUGCGACGCGGCGUUUCGGACCUGGUAAGCGUGACGGAAGAGAUAAGAACUGGUCUUGAUCCACUUACGCUUGGUCGAAGGAUAUUGACGGAAGUGAGAGGGGAAAGUGCACGCGUUUUCCGAGGAAAUGUUCCCCGGCAGUCAGAGCAGUUGCGUGAACAUCUUCCCGCUCGUCUUUCUGUUUCCAGCCUAUCUGAUAGACAGGGAAUGUUGGUCGCUUGUCCGAACCAGCGGACGUCGACUUCUCUGAACUACAUCCCCAUAUCUGCAGUGUCGCUUGGACACAGAUCGCGUAAUCUUAUUGUCAUUUCCGGCGUAGACCUUCUGGACGAGGCUGUCGUCGAAGCUGAAGUUGCGUAUCGCGUAAGUAUGUCGCAUCCCGUGGGCUAUCAUAAGGGGAAAGUCGUGUCCCUGACAGCUGCGAGCUGGGAUACUGAGUAAGAGUCGCUCACGGUUGACAAUCAUCACAACGUAACAGCAACUUUCUCAAAAUAUAGGUUUCAUCGAAGUCUGUGAAUUGAAGAACUGUCUGUCGGGAUGAUAAGAUACUAACCGUACCACAGAUUCUUAGAAUCGUGGGCUUUGCUUUUACUCUUACGUCAUACUGGCCACAGCCAGUACCUUACUUUUCAGAACAGAGAAGUACUUCGAAUUUGGACCAGCGGUUCUUGUAGAAGUAGGAAUCCUUCAAGUGACUGAAAAGUCUAUUCACUCAUAAUGGAGAAUUGUGAUUCGGAGCUCUGAAUUUUCUCCUCGGCUGCUUGGAGUUAAGGAGAUUUUGCUGCCAAAUUUCUUUUAACUGAGGAAGAUAUCUCUUGUACGAAAGUGUGGUGAACUUUGAGCCACGAAGGUGUUCGUUUGAAGGUCCUGCUUACCGUCAAUGAACUCCUUAAAUGAAACAGUUUGCAGUAUUUUAACUUACUUUGGAAAUUUUCUUUC